AUCCUCCAACAUCCAAAUGUUCGUCUGUGACUUCAUUUGCUAGGGAAACAUAUACAUCACUUCGAGCACAUUGUAUUGGCUUGAUGACCUCUCUUCAUCAAAAAUGUUAUGUAUGAUGCAUAUCGAUUACAUGUGGCAGAUGCUCGGCGUUGUACUAGGAGGGUAAAUCAGGCUACAAGACAGCCCAGACUGGGUGGCGUGUCUGAAUGGCUGAUUGAAAAAUUCAGCCACAGCGGGAAACACUAGCGGGGAAUCCCCCACCUCGUCCCAAGCCAUGUUCGUGCUAAAAGAAAGACAGUUUCCACCGGACGAGAUCUUUGUCGUCGUUUUGGUGUUGUUUUACUGGCUUUGAAGAAGCAAGAUUAAGACCAAAGAUUGGACCAGAUUCUCACUCCAGUCAUGGAAAUGCAAGACUACUCUACGGCAGUGGCGACAGGCGAUGAAGACCAAGAUGACUUGGACUUGGACGUCACCCCCGACUCAUCAAGUGCUGGGGUGAGGGAAUGGCUGAAUCGGCUGCCCCAUCUUUUCAUGGCUCGACAGAUUCUUCUUACCCUGGGAGUGGUGGGGAGAUACCAGUACAUCGCAACAAACGCCUCGGCUAAGGAAGCAAGUGUCCUUGUAAAGACACAGGGUGGUUUGUUCAGUGUGUUGAAGUCUAUCGACGCGACCAGUUUGAUGUUGCAGAGUUUCCAGAGCGGCGCCAGAAAUAUUUUGGAGAAGCUGAAAGUGGCCUAUUUGUACUUGCUUGAUGGUUUCCCUGACUUUGCAAAGACUGAUAUCGACGCGAUAGCUAAGGAUGUUCAAACCAUGAAGGAGAGCACAGAAAAGGCUCUGGGGGUUGUGAAGAAGACAGUGACCGGUAUCGAAGAGGCACACAGGCUGGUGUCGGCAAAGAAUGGCCGCGAGAGACAGUUGGCUACCAUACAGCAGUCGGUAGACCAGUUGAAUGACCAGUACCGGAUGCUCAAUGAGGUAACGAUGGGUGGUUUAGACGGGAAGGCCACCAUAGACCUAAAGAAGAACAGUGAGCAGGUGGCAAGUCCAACCUUCUUCGUGUUCCUGAAGAUCAACACCAUCGGUUUCCUCAAGGAUCCAGUCUGCCUCUUGAUAACAGUCGCCAUCCUCAUAUCGUUUUAUGUGUGCGCCUGUCAUUUCUACAAUGCCAUCGGUGGCUGGGUGACCAUGAUUGUUGGGAUGACCCUCUUCCUGCUCAGGUUUGCCCUGUGGAAGUUGGUGCAGCCAAAACGCGUCGACUACAAGCCAGUCAUCCCGCUCAUUCUCAUAGGACUAAUUGUCAUUCUUUUCCCGUGUCAGCUCCUCCUGCCAUGUGAAUCCAAGUGCUUCGUGGUCGUCAUACUCGCCCCUCCAUCGACCAUCUUAAUGUUAUUCUUAUGGUAUAACUUAGCCCCUGAACAUUGGUUCUUCAAGGUCGAAGACUUGAAAAACAAGUCAAUAAUCAGCUAUAACUCUGUCAGUACGAAAGGGAGCACGGAAUCCCUGCAGGAGCAACGCCAGCGCAUCAAAGAUGAGUUGUUAGUGAAGUCUGGGGAGAAGCAGAGAAUUGAAGAGAGCAUUGGUGAUACAGACCUUACCAAGUGCUUCAUCGGCAAGGCUCUGAGCGACCUGAAGUCUGUCACAGGGAUCAUGCAGCAGUGUACCGUAGUCAUAGAGAAAUGGUAUAAGGAGUGUAAGGACAUCAUUGAACCGAGUAUGAACAGGACGAUCCAGAUGGCACAGGAGGUACCCGAGGGGGAGUUGAAAGAUUACUGGAACUCCAUGGCUUUUAAGAAAGAGGUGGUUGACUACUACUGCAGAUGGAGGGCGCUGCAAGUCUACUGUGAGACACUUCGCUCGGAAUGCCGAGAGAAACGUGCCACGGUCGAAUCACACUAUGUUGAAAACCUAUAUCCGAGGGAUGCAGUCAAAAGGGCGUGGGAGCUAGCAGAUGAGGAAGUAGCUGACACCGAGGUGGCCCAGCUGGUCAGAUGGAAGAAGGAAAUGAUGAAAUACCUUGACCUCAGUAAACAUGUGAACAGGGGUAAAGAAGUGAAACUGGACAUGUCCCAAUAGGUUUUCGCCGAGACUAUGCCGCCUGUGAACUUUGAGAGAACAAGCAUCGGCUAGAACGGGCGCUUUUGGAAUGGAGUAUGAAUGCAUAUUUUCCAUAUCAAGUUAAAUGGUGCCAGCAGUCGCAAAUGUGUAGUUACACAGUUUCUGUAUAGAGGGCGAAGAUUCGUCGGAAUAUUAAGACAAACAUCCUUGCCCUACUGUUUUUUUUAUACAUUUUGGUUUAAAACUGUAGCACCAUCUCCUAUACAUGCUUGGACACUUCAAGGCUGCAGUAUACCUAUGGACUUCUCCAACCACUCAUACUGUAUGAAUGAAGCUAGCAAGCGGCCCCCGGCCUGGCCCAUUUCUGAGCUCAUCCUGGUUAAAAUCCAGCACUCUUGUGUGGUGGAGACGGCGAUGCGACAAAAUGGUAGGAUACUUUGUAUUGGUGUUUGCCUCAAUACUAUGCACAUGUAUAAAUGCUGCAGAGCAAACAAUGAAUAAAGGUUUACUUGAAAACA